AUGGUACGGGAGGACUCGAUUACGGUGGUGGUGGAACCGACAAAUUAUCUCGAGUCUGAUGUGGUGACGAAGCUCGUGGAGAAGGGUGUAAGCUCCGUCGUGAUCAACAGAGACACGCUGGGAGACGCAUCCCGCGAUGGCCGCGACCUCUGGAACGAAGUCAAAGCGUGUCGCUACCGCGUCAUUACCCUUGCCCCCGAGACCCUCGGCAGCGAAGCAUUCCGAAGAGUCAUCAAUGAUCCCGAAUUCCGUCGACGUUGGCGAGUCUUCGUCAUGGACGAAGCGCAUCUAUGUGACUUGUGGGGUGCCGAUUUCCGGAAGGCCUUCAGUGACGUCUGGACCAUCCGCUCGCGCGCUCCAGAGCACGUCGCUUUUAUGGCGUUAUCGGCCAGUGUGGAGCCAGGUCGGCAAACCGCACAGGUACUACGAUGCCUUGGCUUCCGCAGAGGGCGUUACCAUAUGGACCGACGUGACUGCGAACGGAUCAACAUCAACAUUAUCUUCCGCGACGUUCAAUAUGCCUACAGUGGUUACGACUUUCGUGACCUUGACUGGCUUGUUCCGGAGAACAUGACGAAGGCAGGAGACGUACCGAAACGACUCGUCUUCUGCGAGACCAUCGAGCUUGGUCAUCGCGUCACCCUGUAUCUUCGAAGUCUCCUCCCCGCUCAUCUGAAACGGGUGAGUAACAUCGUUAUUCGUCACAUCCACUCGAUGAACUGCCCGGACUGCAAGAAGGAUGGCUUCGCGGCCCUUAUGGAGAUAGGUGACGAGCGGCGCACCUCGUUGUUCGUUGCCACAGCUGUCCUUGACCAAGGGGUCAAUAUCCCUAGGCUCAAGGCUGUUGUUGUGUUCCCACGCGGCAAAACGGCAGCUGCGGUAAUACAGGAAAUAGGACGGGCAGUCCGGGAGGGUGACGAGCAAGGUGAGGCGAUCAUCUACGUUCCUAAAGGAGACCUACAAGCUGCAUUGGAGUAUGCGAACUCCGACUCUGCCGCGAAACCUGGGUCCACGAAGAAGGGCACAGUUCCGAAGCAGCCCGCUAAGCCAACAGCACGGACGGCGCCUUCUGCGAGCGAUCGACAAUGUCUAUCCCUCCGUCUCAUGGUUGCCGCGCACGCACGAGGAUUCUGCGUCACGCGGCAGAUCAACAUCAUAUACGGGAAUCCAGGGACCACUCACGACUGCGGCCGUUGUAGUUCGUGCAUGGAGUACCCAGUGCCGCUGGCGCGAUCUCUUUCCGACUCGGUUGCAGCGCCUCAGUCCCAGACUUCCAAGGCCAAACUCCUCGUGAAGGACGUCGACCGCAUAGCCUCCGAUCUCCUCGCCGCAGCGCACGUUGUACGCCAGAAGUCGACUCCGGGCGACGGGCUGUUUGUAGGCGCAAAUAACUUCCUUUCACUGUCCUUCCGCAAAGCGAUCGCGCGGGACUUCCUCUCCCUCGAUUCUCAGGAUACACUGGCCCUGUGUUUGAAGACCUGGCGCUACUGGGACAUCGCCGGGGACGCAUUAUGGGAAGUUGUGCGGCCGAUGGUGAUAUGUAUGCGAGCGGAGUUGAUCGAACGCCAUGAAGAUGGCAAGGCAAAGCGGCGUGCGCGGGACCAGGAGCGGCGAGCCGAGAAUGCUUCUGUACAUGCGCAGUUGACAGCUGUAGGGCUGGCGAACGUGAAGAGAGUCAGCCUUGUCAUGCCCGUCAAACCUGAGGCUCGGCUGGGCCCCCCUCUGGGUACCAUGCUACCUGUCCUAUCGUCCAGCGUGGGAGCUGCCAGUGGGAACCUGAGCAACGUACCGCAAAAUUCAAUCCUUCAGGCUAUCCCUCCGGACCAAUUCUAUGGCAGCACGAUCAGUCCCAAUCGGCGCGUUGAAAAGCGAGCUGGGGAUGCUCUUGACCGCGACGCAGGACAUGUCAAGCAUCCGCGGUUGCCAAAGUUGCAUUUUAAGCGUGCGGUGAGUACAAAUCAAAUGUGUGUGGGCAUAGAUGUGCAUUGA